AUGACGUCGACGCCCUGCUCGUUCGCCGCGACGACGCGCGCGACGAUCCGCGCGAGGAACCCGCGACGAUCCGCGUCCCGCCGCGCCGUCGCGCCGAUCGCGACCGCGCGCGCGACCGGUCGCGACGACCCCGCGCCAUCGUCGUCGUCGACAUCGGAUAAAUCGUCGUCACCGGAUCUCCCCGCUCGAAGUUCCAAACGCCGCGUCGCGCUGGCAUCGCUCGCGCUCGUUCCCAUCGCGGGUCCCACCGCGUCCCUCCUGCGCGCUCCCCGACCCGCGCGCGCCGAUCCGAACGGCCCGUUCUGCGACUUCACCCAGACGCUCCCGUGCGACGAUUACCCAACGUACGAGCGCACCGAGUCCGGACUGUUAUACAAGGAGGUGAGGUUCGGCGAGGGCGCGAAGGUGGAGACCGGCAAGGAGGUUGUGGUGGACUGGGACGGGUACACGUUCUACCUGUCGCACGUCGUCCAGGCGAGGAACCUGCCGAAAGGGGGCGACUUCACCGGCGAAAACCCCGACGCCUUCCUGCGGUUCACGCCGGGGGGCGACGUCCCGAGCGUGAUUCCCGCGUUCGAGGAGUGCGUGAAGGGGAUGCGGGUGGGCGGCAUCCGACGCAUCAUCGUCCGCCCCGGGCCCCUCUCCUACCCCGGAUCCCUCACGCGCAGGGGCGGGCGGUUCGACGAGGGAAUCGGCCCGGUGCCGAGCUCGCUGUCCGGGAAGAGGGCGCUGGAGUUUGUCCUGCGAAACACCGCAAACGUGGACCAGAGCCUCCUCUUCGACGUGGAGGUGAUUGCGGUGGCUGGGGACGAGACCAAGAGAGGGCUGGGACGGGGGCCGGGGCGGUGGGCCGACGGCGUCAAGGGUUCCCUGACGUGA